GCCAUUUUCUGGCCGCCCCUCCCCUACACUCUUCUCUCGUUUGAUCCACCAACCCUAAUCGCGAGUGAGGGAUGGUGACGCCGAUGGCGCUAGAGGCGGAGAAAGGGGCGGCCACCGCCUUCUCCAACGUCGUGCUGGGAAGACUCAUGAAGGUGCUGGAGAACAAGUACCAGCUGUGGAGCGGCAUCCAGACUGAAAUCUCGUCUCUGCACGAAGAUCUUAAACUCCUGGCGGCAGCCGUAGAUGACCACCAGGUCAGUGCUGCGGCUUCUAGCACGGCCGUCGCGAGGGUGUACGGCGAGCAGAUCCGCGAGCUGACCCACGAUAUCGAAGACUGCGUGGAGCGCUUCCUGCACCGCAUCACCUGCAAGCCCGGGGCCUCGCGGGCUCGCCGCACAGCUCACGCCUUCAGGACGCUCCGCCGCCGUCUCCUGUUCGCCGACAAGAUCAAGAAGUUCCGGAGCCGCGUGGCAGAUGCACGCAAGCGGGCAUUCAACGCCGACGCCACCGCCGCCGCUGCUGCAGCAAUUUCCCCUUAUAGCGGUGGUGCCCAGCCGUCCAACAACCAGGGGUACGUGCAGGAUUGCCGCCCCGUGGGCAUCGCGGAGGCCAUCAUGGAGCUUCGUGCUCUGCUCGGCAUCGAACCAAACCAAGGCCGAGCUGCGGUUCAGGCUCAGCUGCGGGUGGUCGCCGUGGUGGGAUUUGGUGGUUCGGGCAAGACGACCCUCGCAAGGGCAGUCUACAGCAUAGUCCAAAGAGCACUCCCUUGUGCUUGGGUUGACGGCCACUUGCUGGAUCGUACGGAUUCUAAUGGCAUCGUCAAACAUAUCCAAGAGAACCUUCGUUCGGAGGAAGGGCGUUCCGCGACAUCUCUCCACCAGGACCAGGACAGCAGAUAUUUAAUCGUUAUUGAUGGCAUUAAGAGGAAGCACCAGAUGCACUGGGAUACACUGAGGAAUGCCUUCAGGAAUAAUGGGAGAAUAAUUUUGACAACGAACAAUUGGUCGGUAGCUAAUAGAUGCUGCAAUCAUCCCAGGGAAGAAGAUAAAUAUACCUUUGGUCGUGUGUACAACAUGAGAAGUCUUGGAGAAGAAGAUUCAAGGAAACUAGCUCUGCUUGGAAGAGUUACACCUGAGUUACUGAUGGGUUCAAAAGAACUCCUGGAGAAAUGUGGUGGUCUGCCUCUAGCUCUUUAUAGUGUGGCCUGCCAAUUGAGCUCUGAAAUGGAACCUACGGGGGAAUUGUGCAGAAUAUUGUGCAGUGACCUGGGUACAUAUCUGGAACGCGAAGACGACGAGCCUAACUUUGCAAGGCUUCGAGGUGUGCUAAGGGAAAAUUACACCAGUCUGUCUGAUUACAUUGUCAGGACCUGCUUGUUGUAUCUAGGUAUAUUCCCAAUUGAUCGUCCCCUCAAGAAGAAUGUCAUAAUCAGGCGAUGGUUGGCUGAAGGAUAUGCACGCCAUUAUGAAGGGAGGCACCAAAGUGUAGCUGAUAAGAAUUUCAAGACAUUUACCCACCAGAGUAUUAUUUUGCCUGCUGUUCCAAUCAGCAAUUUCAUAGAGAAGGCGUGCAAAAUUCAUGGUAUCAUGCACACCUUCAUCUUGCACAAGUCCAUGUCCAAGAAGUUCAUCAUGCCCUUUGGUACUCAGCACAAUACAGUCCGCCACCUAUUUAUCCAUAAUAGCCGCUAUGGAAAUUACGAAAUCAGCCCAGAAAUGGAUUUAUCACGGGCCCGAUCUCUGACAGUCGUAGGGAAAGCAGGUGGUGCUAUUUCCAAGUUCAACAAGUACAAACUUGCAAGAGUGUUGGACCUGGAAGGGUGCAUUGAUGUGGAAGAUUUUCAUGUUAAAGAGAUAUGUAAGGUAUGGAAUCUGAGAUAUCUAAGCCUCGGGCCCGAUAUCACAGAGAUACCCAAGGAAAUUGCUCAACUUAAAUUGCUGGAGACACUUGAUGUAAGCAAGACAAGGGUGAAUGUGCUCCCAGUGGAGGCUAUUGGACUACCCUGUUUGAUUCAUCUGAUUGGAAAGUUUAAGCUUCAAGACCCAGUCAAGACAGAGAGGCUGCCACAAAAAUGUAUGCUGGAGACCCUUGCGGGGAUUGUUGCCGACAAGGGUCGGGGAUUUUCGCAACUUAUGGACCAUACGAAAAAGUUAAAGAAGGUCAAGGUAUGGUGUGAGUGUGAGGAAACUGAACAAGGUCAGAUCGACAUGAAUAAUCAACUUGCCGAGGCCAUCCAAAAGUACAUUGAAACUCCUAUGGAUGAGGACAAUGUGGAAAACUAUCGCUCCCUGUCCCUUUACUUCCAACGAUUGCCCCAAGGUUCCAUGACUGCUCUAGAACAACUAUGUCAACGCCACAGUUCGAGGAAAGGAUAUUUAUUUUAUCUCAGCUCGCUCAAGCUACAUGGCAACUCCAACCCAACUACAUUGCCUAAGUUUGUUGCCAUGUUUCAUGAUCUAGCUAAGCUAAGCAUUUCGACCACCAUGUCUGUGACACAACAUCUUCUGUCAGUACUUGGCGAGAUGCAUUUAAUGAAGUAUCUCAAGCUGGCUGCUAACAGCAUCGACGACAACGACGGUUUCGUCAUCCAAAAAGGGAAGUUCGGGAGCCUGAAGCGCCUAUGUCUUGUGUUAAAAGUUGUGGGACCGUCUGUCCUAACAAUCAAAGACAGAGGUGCGCAGGCCAUUAGCUCGCUCCAACUGAUCUGCAAGGAUCUAGUUGGUCUCUCUGGCGUCGAAAUCAGCUACCUCCCUAACCUGAAGGAAAUUGUCCUUCACCCUGAUGUGGGUGAAGAAACAAGGCAAGCGUGGAAAGCGGAGGCAAGGAACCACCGUAACAUGCCGCAUGUGUUGUCUAUCCCAGGUGAUCACGUCCGAGAGGAAACAGCUGCAGUUGAGGAGGAACCAGCACUUGAGGAUCCCAUGGAGGUGGAGCCAGAGAGUAACUUCCCUAAUUCUAUUGGGCUCCACGUUAAUGAAGCACAACAAGGCUGCGACAAGGAAGCUUUGGUGCUGGCCCCCGUGCAACCUCGAAAGGCGAACAAGAGGAAGCGUGCUCAACUCCUAAAAUCAGCCAACACACAUGAAGAAGACAUAGCAGAUAUCAAUAUGGAAGAUGCGGGUGACAAUUUAGCUGCUUCCAUUAAUGAUUUUGCGAUUGAUGACGAGGGGCAUAAAUGCCUGUUGUAUCGCGCUGUCAUGACCGUGCCUGGCUUCCCUGAGGAAGCUUUAUCAGUUGCCGUAUCUCAUUUGAUUGACAACAAGGCCCAGGGAUCUGCAUACAUGGGUAUGCACGAGGAGCACCGUGUACUAUGGCUCAGGAACUUCCUGGGAAAGCUCCACACAAUUUAAAUGAUGCUGGUUGGUGGUUAUUAUCUUUCAGGGUGAUGUGACUGUAAACACACCUUUAUGUUUUGCUGAUUAUGCAUCUCAACCCUCAGUGGUGCUGCUGUCGGUGCUGGUAGUGCAUCACAAUUCUUAUUGGGUUGUUUCAUGCCUAGUAUGUCUAAAUUUCCAUGUACUUUGCCUUCCGUGUUUUACAUUGUUAUUUAAAAAAGAAUAAGAGAAACAGCAAGACUAAUCA